AUGGCCACCCAGCCCCCCAACAACGACGGCUCUCACCAAGGCUCCCCCGCGUCUUCUCCGCCGCACGACCCCCGGGCGCGGUACCUGCAGACACUCUUCACCGAGAGGGAUUCCGACGCCACCGCCACUUCAUCUCCAGAUGCGAUAUUCCCGCCUGCCGAGCAAUCAAACCAGGAGCAACUCCAGAUCACCAGUGGCGAUCAGGACGCGUCGGACAACACCUUUGGCUCAUCCCUUGCCUCCCAACUUCGAGUCAUCACAUCGCUGGAAGACCCUGCUUGUCGGGAGUUUGUGCAGCGCGUUCACGGCCUCUUCGAGCUGACCGGAUCGGAGCGCGGCUUGGAGGAAUACCGUCGGACCGACUCGGUUUUGGAAGCGGCUUACAUCAUCGCGUGUGCUGUUGCGAAGCUGCAGCAAGUACUCGAACGGGGCCCUGCCCUUCGCCCGCGUUUCCAAAUGACGGCUGAGCUCGAGAAUACCGCGCGUCGCUAUGCAAAACUCUUUCUCUUCUCCCCCCGGAUCACCGCGUAUCGUGGAAACAACGCGGCUGAGCUUGUCAUUAGAGCAAUGCGAGCGAACAACGUCCCCGAUAUGCCCGAUCCUUCCGGGCACGAUGACGAUCUUUUGGCGUCGUUCAUUAGAGGAGAGUUGACGACGUUUCGAAGCCAGAUCAAGGCAAAGGUCUUUCACUCCUUGGACCACAGCUGCGCAUACCAUAAUGUCGCGGACUUGACUGCAUCGAUCAUCCAGUCGGAGAAUGCUGCUCGCCCAACGGUGCAGAUGUUCAUGCGCUUCGCAUUCUUGCGCUGGCAUGCCGAGAAUUAUGCCGACCAUUCUGAUUGGUGGCAGGCUGUGGACGACACGCUGCUCGAGUACAAGCGCACGCUCUCGCAGCCAGAGCUCGAAGUCACUUUCAACCGGCAUUACCAGGACGAUGUCGGCAGCCCCCAUGACCCCACGAACGCGAAGCAUCCCAUCAGGUCGUCGGUGCGCGCUGUUGAGCCGUCCUCGAUCCCGAGGUGGAUCCAGCAGAUCUUUGAUCUGGCGAAGGAGUCGGUCUGCGCGAAGAAGCGCAAGCGUGAUUGA